GUCUCCUUCGAGUUCUUCGUUUAGUAACCACUCCUCUACAUUCUUUACUCUCAUUGAUGGUCUCGGUUCAGUUUCUUUUUUUUUUCUUGGUUCAGUUUCUCUAUGUUAACUUCUAUAUAAAAAUCCCUUCUUAUUUCCAAUCUCGAUAUUGUCGUCGACGUAAUCACAUCUGAAAUUUUGAACUUUAUCCUUUUUUUUGGUUUAUGGUUUUUGCUCCUUUUAUCUAAAUUCUACUCCUUUAAGUUUAUUUAUAUUGUUUUUGAUCGACAUAUAUAGUAUUUCUCACAGAUGUGUAUAUCAUGGUUCAGAGUGAAAGUUAUUCUCUUGAGUAUACGAACCGACCUUUGAUUUUUAAUGGUUUUUCUAUCUAUUUGGAACAUACCUUAGUUUCAGUUCUGUUUUUUUUUUAUGGUUCUUUAUAUGUCUCAAAAUGGAUUUUGCAUACUUGCUGGGAGCUUUGUUUGUUUUUCAGAACUUAGUCUAUUACUUGAUGUACUUUGUAAAUUUUAUCUUGUGUGUGACUGUAUAUUUACCAUCUUGUUCCGGUUGUGUUUUCUCAUGGAAAUGGCUCAACCAUAUGGGACCCUGAUGGCAAAAAUAUGCAUCGACUUUCUUACUGCUUACUCUGCAGUUACUCAGGAACAUUGCCACCUCAAGAUCAUCAAGGCAUUGCAGGAACAAGUGGAGACGCUCAGUUUAAGCUCACGAGCCUUGUAUAACGAUAAGUUCCCGGUCUUUGCAGUUCGUCUUACAAACAUGUUCGGUUACCAGAUGGUGCUUCCUACGAGAUGGGAAUUUUAAAGUUGGUUUUGGUGAUGCCAGUUCACUUGAGAAGAUCUUUAAAGAGAAGGGAGAUAAAAUAGCUGGAUUCCUUUUUGAGCCUAUUUAAGGAUAAGCUGGAGUUGUGAUUCCUCCUGAGGGUUAUUUGAAAGCUGUUAGAGAACUCUGUACAAAACACAACGUUUUGAUGAUAGCUGAGAUGAAGUACAAAGCGGUCUAGCGAGAUCUGGAAAGAUGUUAGCUACUUAGCUUGUGACUGGGAAGAUAUUCGUCCUGACAUGGUGAUAAUUGGGAAAGCAUUAGGUGGAGGAGUGAUUCCAGUAAAUGCAGUGCUUACUGAUAAAGAUGUGAUGCUUCAUAUCAAACCUGGCUAACACAGAAGGUUUGCAUAAGCGUUACAUAUUUUUCAUGGGGGUGUAAUGAAAGUUAGCCUUAUAAAAAUAUUCUCUUGCUAUUCAAGAAUAGUUCUCUCUCCCGUUGCAGCAUGUUCAUUCGUAAGUUGUAACUCCACUCUGUUUUGUAAACAAUUUAUGACCAUUAUUUAGUUAUG